AUGGUUCGGGACUGUCUCUCCCUGACCACCUUUGGUGACAUGACCCGUAGGUUGCCCGAAAGUCAUGACAAGUCGUGUGCUGUGUGCUUGAACCGGUUGAGGAAGAAAAAUGAGAUGUGGGAGCUUAGCAACUGUUGCCAUGUCUUCCACAAGCAAUGUCUUGAGAGAUGGCUUGAUUAUGAUAGUCGGUUGUCAUGUCCUAUCUGUAGGGCGUCGUUGCUAGCUGUUAGCCCACUUCCGCCUUCUUCCCGGCAACCGCCACCACCGAGCUGGGCCGUCAAGCGAAUGCUUUAUUUGUUUGGCGAUGAUCUGCUUCCUUGUGAUUGA